AUGGACUACACAACCUACCAGCAACCGCAUGCGCAUCCUCACAAUGCGUAUGCGCCGACCCACAACGGCCAACCAGGACCACCAGUCACCUCUCCCACCCAGCAAAAUCAAGUCUCGCCUAUAAUGUCACAGCAGAGCCAUGCCUACGGCCAACAACCAGGUUCAAAUGUCGGCCAUCAAGUCAUGCCCAUGUACCAACAACAAGCCUACCCAGUACCAAGCAUGCAACACUACAUGGGCUCAAAUCAAAUGUCUCCCACCCAAGCCGCCGCCAUGGCCACCGCUGCCGCUUCAGGAAAUUACAACUACAUGUCAGAGGCUAUGCAACCUCUAGCACAAGACCCGAGACAAUCACCACGCAUGGGCCAAUCAGUCAAGAGUGAGCAAAGACAAACACCAAGAUCACCAUCACAAAGCCACAUGGGUGUCAACACUAGUAUGGCUGGCCAGAUGGUCAUGCCCACAGCUCAAUCCAUCCCGCAACAAAUGGUCGCACGUCGCAUGAGUCAGGCGGUUCAACCUCCUCAGCCUGUCAUGCAGCAGCAAAGACGUGCUUCAGUAGCACCACCAAUGGUUCAGCAACCGGUCCAGCAGCAUUCAUCACCUGAAGCUCCGGCUGGUGGUGCUGAAGGAGAUCCUCUAUAUGUCAAUGCAAAGCAGUUUCACCGAAUUCUUAAGAGACGACUGGCGAGACAGAAACUUGAGGAACAGCUACGGCUGACUAGUAAGGGCAGGAAGCCGUACUUGCAUGAAUCCCGCCACAAUCAUGCUAUGCGUAGACCGCGAGGACCCGGAGGACGGUUCCUCACCGCUGAAGAAGUCGCCGCUCUUGAUGCGGAAGCUGCAAAGAAUGGUGGCGUUGAGAUGCCGCAACCAACCAACGGAACUAAGCGCAAGUCUGGAGACAGGCAAUCGUCGCCGUCGAAAAAGUCACGCACACAGUCAAACGCUAGAAGCAUGACGUCUGAAGAAGAUGGUAUCGACGAGGGUUAA